CUGGCACUCUGUGUACACUGGACACACAGCUUGUGGUGAGCGGAAGUGACGUAAUGAACUGCAUGUUCGGUUGCCCGGGAGCUCAGAAGCUACGGACACCAUGGCGGAGCGGGUGGACAGUGCCCAUCAAGGGUCUUGUGGGAUAACGGGUAAGAAACGGUUGGUCUCUCUACAACUGAGCGGUGUAGCAGGAGGCCUGGUGAUUGAUGUAGCUGACACGGAAGGACUGAGCUCCGCUGUGUUGUUUUGAUGCCCUUCGUUACAAGUGUUUGACGCGCGGACAAAAGCUACCUGGGCGCCGCCGCCAGGGUUUCUGGGGAGUGUAGUUCGGCAGCUUACCUAACUAAGGUCAGUGAUUGCGCUGUGCACUACAUCUCCCAGAAUCCCAUGCGAGAAAGUAAACAGCCGUUUAACUGACAGCCAGGAAACCAGCGGAGUCAAUGUGAGGCAGUGUCUGGUCAUCUCCACUCCAUCAGCAUUAUUAUUAUUAUUAUUAUUAUAAUAGCAUUGCUCCAUCUAUUACACACUGCGUGCAGGAGCUCACACACUGAGGCAGGUUUAUAUAGUGUGGCCUUAUACUUGGAGUUACCUUAAUAUAUAUAUGACCGUAAUUAUAGACACACCGACACAGAGAGAGAAUUAAUUUUAUAUACAGUAGCUGUGUCUUCCAUGUAUGCAUAUAUAUUUGGUAUAUUAGAUGCAGUAUGUAAUUUUAUAAUGGUCUUUUCAUGCCACCCUAUAGUAAGAUAUAUGCAUCCAUUGAAGCAUUGAUUUGGGAUAUUUUCAUUUGAAUUGGAGAGAUAAUAAUUGUACAGCUAUUUUCUGACACAGAUUACUAGUAGUUGCCAUCAGUUCAUUUUCUGUAGCUGUGUCCAUAAACAACAGAUUGCAAGUACAAUGGGAGUUUCACUUUUGGCUUGUGAAAAUCAUGGUGAGUAUUGCAUGGGUUGUCUUUACAUUACUAACACGCAAUUUGCCAUUUGUGAGGGAUUUACAAAGAACGUAUUAACAUUUGGUGCCUCUUAAAUGUCUCCUUGGCAAAGUGAUUCGCAUGUCCUGUUGUAUCACAACGCUCUUGCCAGGUGGUUCAUUUUGGGUGUAAUUUAAAGCUGCAUCUUCCAGUGAAACCUUUAAUUUGAAUGUUGCCUUGCAGCAUUUUGUUAUUUUUGUAUAUGCAACCUGUGUAAAAGGAGAGAAUAUGAUACCCCAGAAAAUGAAUGAUUUUUGAGGAAGUCUUUUAUCUUGUAGAUGUUUAGAGAGUAUGUGGAAUUUGUUCCUUGACAUGAUUGUUACCCAAUUAGUGUCUUCUUUAAAUGUAGAAACUUGUUUUAGUACAUAUUGUUGUGAUGCCUGUAACUAAAACAAUGUAAUGAUCCUCUAAUCCUUCUUUUUAAUAAAUUGGUAAUCUUCUUACUUGCAAUCAUCUGCUUAAUCCCUCAGGUACAGUGGUUGAAUUGGCAGGACAGGGUCUUCAGAAGCUGGGCCCCACAUUACCAUUUAAUGCUGAUACUUCAACAUUGAUAUUAGACAAGAACCAAAUCAUCAAAUUGGAACAUCUUGAGAAAUGUAAAAACCUUACACAAGUGAGUAAAUAUCGGUUUAUUGCCAUGUAAAGGGGGAGCUUUGCUUAAUUUAACAUCUUUGAUUUUGCUUAAGCUUACAUUGUUUUACAAAUCUAUGUAAUUUUGUUAACUUGAUAUGAUAUCUCGCUUGAGUUUUAAGAUAUAUUUUUAUGUAACAUUGUAUUGAGCCAAAGACCAGCAAAAUUCAAAUACCAAAUGCGUACAUCCAAAAGUUUAGAGAUGUUUCUGACCAAUACGAAAUAUACUUACUUGACAUUUACAUCCUUUUAAGAUGUACUGUCAAUGGAGGGGUUUGUGAAUAUACGUGACACGUCAUAUAUCAUUGCUCUCUUGGCACACAGUACACAGAAGACUCCAGGGUGGGCUUUAUGGGGAAUCAUUAUUAUUGGGAUGGCUGCUGCUGCCUACAGUAAAGCCAGCAGGCAUCAGUGGGUCUUGUAUCUGGAGUUGUGGAUAUGUAUGCAUACAAAUUAAAUGGGGGAAAAAAAUAAAUAAAUUAUAUUUAUUUAUAUAUAUAUAUAUAUCUAUCCAUAAGGUACGACUGAUAUUUUGCCUGGCUUCUGUCUUUUGUUGCUGGCUCCUAAAACCUUGGGAAGUGUAUCAAAGGGAAACCUCAUGCAGAGCGUGAGGACAUCCAGUGUCAGGCUAACAAAAGCUGAGUUAUGACCUGGAAGCGCCUCUAGUGGCUGGCUGUUAGUUAACCCUGCAAAAUAAUUACUACAGUUUAUCAAUAACUGCACUCAUUAUAAUUGCAGGGUUAAACUGAUGUGGGCACUGCACCAAGACCACUUCAAUGAGCUGAAGUGGUCUGGGUGCCUAUACCGUCCCUUUAAGAUAUAUAUGCAGACACUGCCCCAUUAAUUACUUUCUUGUAGGAAUACAUUUGCACACUUCCACGGUCUGGAGUUGCUAAUAAGCAGUGCACAAGUUAAAUGUUUGGGUUUUCCUAUUUACUAAGAAAAAUAAAUUACGUUGUUGCAUGCUAUAUAAAAAUGUAUUUUCUCACCCAGAAAAGUUUUAAUGUCCUUCUUAAUCAGAUGCCAGGCGCUAUAGCACAUUCUGCUUACAGCUCCAUUUACACAGUUGUGAUAUUUAUCCAAUAAAGAAAAUUGAACAGAUUCAAUAAAAAGUAACAUGAAGUUAUUUCCUUUUUUUUCUCAUGUAUUCUAUUCUCUUGUGUUUAUUGAAGAAGUACAUAAUUACAGUUAUGAUCCUGCAAGACAUGUAAUUUGUAUUCUCUCCUUUUUAAUUGCUUUCUCUUUGCCAGUUAUCUGUAGCAAACAAUCGGCUAGUACGGAUGAUGGGUGUGGCAAAAUUGAUACAUCUCCGGGUACUGAACCUACCUCAUAACAGCAUUGGAUAUGUGGAGGGACUGAAGGACUUGGUGCAUUUGGAAUGGCUUAAUCUGGCUGGGAAUAAUUUAAAGGUACUUAGUUUGCAAAUCCUCUUUCUUUGCUUGGAGACAAAAAUGCAGAGUGGUUAACUCAGGUAGCACAACAACUUCAGCUCCCUGGUGCAAACACACUGCCUGUAAUGGGGAUAUAUUCGCUCUCGUACUGGGAUGUAGCUCCACCUCAGGCUUCUGUCAAUCAGCUAGAUCUCACUUCUCCAACAAAUCUCUCCAAUACAACAUUAUGGACCAAAUAACAGCAACAACCUGAAACUCCCUCCAAUCCUUCUAUAAAGUUUGGAAACCUUGGCUAGCUUACAAAAAGGAAUUUCAGAUUCCAUAACGCAGUCCCCAUUUCUCUUACACACCGCGAUGGUCACCACCUCUCCCCUACCUUCCCACCGUCAUACCCUUUACAUGUAAUGUAGUGUCUUGUACCAUUGUACUCCCACACUGUUACACUGAGAUUGCAUUUGCCCAUACUCUUGUUUAUGCUGUUGAAUGUAAACUAGUAAAAAAAAAAAAAAAGUAGAUAAAAAUAGUAAAUAUAACUGAUCUUUGCAUGCUAGUAAAAUAAGUGGGGGAGUUUACCCCCUCCUAAUAAAGUCACCACCUUUAAAUCCUCUUUUUACAGCUUGCCUGCCUGCCCUAUAAAGUACGUGUACUUAUCUUUGCCCAUUACAGAGUAUAAGCAGCACCACAUCUUGAUCCAUUGCAAGAAUAUACAUAUACUUUACAGGUGCACACAACUUUUAUACAAAUAUAAUAGUUUUAGAUCUCAAAAUUAACAAUUCAAACAUGUAUUUGCAGUAAGCCUACUGGAUGUUCUUAGCAGCCUCUCUCACUUAUCAGCUUUCUUUUGAAACACUUAAAUCCUUUGUUGAUAUUUAUAAACUACAAUCUAUUAUCAUUGGUUAUUUUCAUUAUUUUUCGAUUUUAUUUUUUUUAUUCUUUUUUAUUUUUAUUUUUUAUACUGUAUAUAUAUUUUUUUUAGGUCAUUGAUCAGAUCAACAGUUGCAUUUGUCUUCAGCAUCUUGAUCUCUCAGACAAUAAUAUAUCUCAAAUAUGUGAUCUAUCCAAACUAGUGUCUCUGAAGGUAAGUUCAUACUUUUUGGUAACAGGACUGUGGGUACAUUUUAAUUGCAAAACCUUUGUAGUUGCAGCUUUCCCUUGUAAGUGUAUCACUUUUUAGAAAAGAUUAUAAUUUUAUUUAAUUGAUUUACUCAGAUUAUCUCUGUAUGAUAGUUACUCCUGAUAUACAAAGUCAUCUAUAUGGCACCAAGUUCCAGAUGUUUCAACAUCAACAGUUCAUAUAAUAUUGAUUGAAGGCAAGAUGGGAUAACUAUUACAGUUCCUGCAAAUAAACCAUUAUUAAAAGUGUAAAUUUUAAAAAUGAUAUGCUCAUGCCAAAGGUCACACAUUUUAAAGUCCAAAUUGAGUUUAUGGCUUUUCCCUCUGGUUCUUGAUUAAAAAUGUGCAUUAAUUCUUGCCUUUGGCUGUUGUGUGGGAGCAUGGAUCUUUGGCUUUCCAUAUUCAUCUGCGGUGCGGUGUGAAGGGGUGUACGGAAUCAAACUCAUAAUGCUAAACAUUCACAAUAUAGAGUCAUACACCAAAAUUGAUUAUUACCUGGCACUGUAAUUUUCUAUGGAUUGCAAUAAUUUCUAAAUAUAUUACAUGAACAUAUAACUUUAUUUUUUUUCACGACAAUCCUAACAUGCUUUUAAAACUGAAGCUAGCUUGAUCUGGAUGAGGCAAAACAUGUAAUUGUCUUUUCAUCUUCCUUUUGUAGACUUUGCUCUUGCAUGGCAACAAUAUUACUUCUCUACGUACUGCGUCCUUAAGCCUUCCCCAAGGCCUCACCAUUCUUUCCUUGGCAGAAAAUGAAAUCCGAGAUUUGAAUGAAGUAAGUGCAAGCUGACUGAACAAGGUCUGAAAAUCAUCAUGGGCAAUAAAUCACACACGGAAACUCAUUAGUUAUGAUGAGCUGCUAAUUUUAUACAUAGGUCAUAUAUAUAUAUAUAUAUUUAUUAUUAUUAUUAUUAUUAUUAUUAUUAUUAUUUAUAUAUAUAUAUAUAUAUAUUUUUUUUUUUAUAAAAUGCACUUUAUUACACAGGUACAAAAAUCACAGGUAUUACACAACACGGAACAGCAAAUCCCAGCAUAGACAAGACAACUCACAUACACCCCAUAUGAAACCUGUAUCAAAAUCAAAGGAAAAGCAUAAUCCAUUACAGAUAUGCAGAAUGAAUAGUUCCAAUCCGGAUUUAAAAUAUAAUGGAUACCUGUACAAAAAUAACCACUAAAUAAUAAUACAUACCAGAUGAAAAUAGAAAUAUCAUAAUGAGUGAGAAGAGGGUGAGAAAUAAAAAAAAUAGCCCCCAACAUUUCGGUGUAUAAGCCUUUAUCAAGGGAUCAUACGGGGCAUAUAUGCACGGUCCCAUCCACACUGAGAUCUGCCGUCAAACACUGUGCAAUAUCCGUGAUCCCUGUUUUGAAUGUUUUUUAUUUUGUUUGUAGUAUGAUAGCAGGUUCAUAACAAGGAGAAAAUUAAAUGUGGCGUUGCCUGCGCAGAGGCUCAUUUUAAAAUAUAUGAAUUAGGGUGCAUGGGCCUACGCAGAGGCCUGUUGUAGCUUUACAGUAUAACAUCAGUCAUUAACACUUCAUGAGCAUUCUAAUGCAGUGCUGAUUACGUACGUUGUGGAUUGCGUAAUGAGGCAAUUAUUAACCCUAUAAAUGCAAUUUUCCCUACAGAGUAAAUGCAGACUUUAGAUGACUGACCCGGUAGGGUGCAUAAUAACCUGUGCUGAAUCAUAAACAUCAAAUAAUAUGAGCAUAACUGAAUCUAGUUCAAUUACCAAACAGUCACUCAAUUUAUCAUCAUAUAGAACGCAUUACUUCUGUAUGUGCAAUGGCUAAGUAGCAUUAUAUCCGCUGCAUAACUAUGCUUGUAGAAUAUAUAUGUGUAUCUAUGUUCUCCUGGACCAUCCUCUUAGCAUGGCGACUGAUUUGUGUAAAACGUGUAGCAAACUGGGGCGUUAACCGCAAUCCUUAAUCAUGUGUAAUCAAUUUCCCCUGCAAAAUAACCUAUGCCUGUAGUGUACCUUAUAGAGCAUAUUCAGUUUUAGGCCAAGGUACACUAAUGUAAGUAUUUAACGUUUAAUGCCGCUAUCAGGCGUGUACGGUUGCUAGAUUAAUAAUGAGUGUAAAGGAUUACUUUAAAAAUAACAAUUCAACUAUAAAUGCUGUAUAGAAGCUUAAACCGUUGUUUAAGCGUAUGGUAGGGUUAACGUAUUUGGCAGAAGUAUUAUAUUAAUCAGGUAUCUUGAAGCAAAGAUAAAGCGUAUCCAUGGUCGUUAUAGCUUCUUCUGGUUAAUUACAAAAUAGGUAUGCCAUGAAAUUAAUGUAGAAACAUAAAAAAUAAAAAUAAAAAAAUAAAAAUUAAAUACAUAAUAAAAAAAAUAAAAAAAACCUUCAGUAACAAGGUGUAUCCUAAGCUAGGUCUAUGCAACCAUAUUAGGGGAGUCUCUCCACUGGAGGUGGCGUUGUGGUGCCCGGUGGUAAAGAAUGUUCAGCGUGAGGUCAGUGGCCUCUUGUGAGGUAUCUGUGUGGGCUUUCCUCUGCUGUGUCCUCUCGCAGGCUUAUGCCUGGAGUGCAUAUAAUUGCCAAGCUGGUCGCUCAUUGCAGGGUCCCCCCAGCUCCCCUGGUGUGACUUAUCCCCUCUGUUCCCCUCCAGGCCUGCUCCGGCCGAUCAUUCGAGGGUUCCACAAUGCUGUGGGCACUCAGGGACGUCAGCAGCCCGGCAGACUCCCCCCCCUGAAAAGUCCUCGGGCCCCUCGUCCCCUGCACCUCCAACUCCUGCAGUUCCCCGUUGAGCUCCAGCCCCGUUAGGCCUCACCCCUCUCCGGCCUCUUGCAUGUCGCCGGCGCUUGUCUCCCCAGCCACCGGUCCGCCGGGGGUCCAACUUACCCCGAAGCCAUAGGGCUCACAGAGUCGGGGGCCAGGCCUCACCGGACCACCACCAAGUCCAGGGGUUCGGGCCGGCUCUGCGCCGACCGGUCUGCCGCCCAGUGGAGUCCGUCUGUGGGAUCCGCCACCCCUAAGGGUCCAGGCGUUCCCGUGUGGCUCCCAGUAGCGAGCGUGUAACGCGGCCAUCUUGACUCCUCGCGACUCAUGGGCCGGGAUCAUCCCCGCCGGUCUGAGGGGGGGAGCGGGGCCGGGUCCGGUCCCCCCAUCUCUCUCGUCUGGGCUCGCGGCUUCUGCGUGUAGGCCUCAUGGGUUCAUCGUGCUCCGGCAGGGCAGGCCGCUCAGCUCGGCGGCCCGGCCCCGCCCCCCGGUCAUAUACAUUUUAUUCAUUGCAGUUAGUCUGAUAUUUUUAUAUAAUUGUGUAAGUGCACCGAAGACAUUUCGAAAUACAUAAGAUCGCAGGGAGAAACUUAUAUUCCUGAUACUUAACCUUUAAUAAAGUAUGUGUGAAGGAAGGGGUGUAAGCAUGUUUGGGGCUAGUGUGUGUAAUGCCAGGGUGCUUUUGCUAGGUUUUUAUAUACAUGUCUGUGGCGUUAUUUGUCCAUAUGUGUGUGUGUGUGUGUGUGUAUGUAUGUGUGUGUGUGUGUGUGUAUAUAUAUAUAUAUAUAUAUAUAACGACAAGAAGGGAGGCUGCUCUCCGGAUUUAAAACAAAAAAAUGUAUUCAAACAUAUUUAAAAACCACGACCGACGUUUCGGUCCCCGCUCGGGACCUUCCUCAGGGUCAAAAAUAGAACAACAAGACUGUCUUCCCUUCUUGUCGUCAUCUACAUGCUUUGGAGCUCUGGUGGUGCGCCCAGUAUUGGACCAUAUUGCAAGCGUGAGUGCAGGGGAUAUUUCUAUUUUUUUAUUUAUAUAUAUAUAUAUAUAUAUAUAUAUAUAUAUAUAUUAUAUAAAAAAUCUCUCUCUCAUUCCUACUUAUGCUGUUAUAGCUUUCUGAAUGCUAAAGGAGUACAUUCUCUGUGAGGCAUGCUACAGAAUUCUACAUAAAGAGAUUUCCUUUACAGGGCUAAAGAAUGAGAAGCUCAGGAGGAAGUAGCUUUAACAGUGAAAAUGAGCUCCAUGUGCAGCUCCAGCACACAGCCAUCACCUGGACUGCUAUUACAGUGAGGAAGGCUUCCUACGCAGGAAGAAACAGAAUGCAAAAUGUGUACAAUCAAUGUGCAGAUAAUUGUUAUACACCCAAAAAUAAGAUCAGUCUAUACAGGUAUGCAUGUAUUCCCAUGCGGCCCCUGCUGGAGCAGAGUUUGUGCCUCUCUGUCAUUGAAGCCUGUUGUUACAUAGCUUUGCUGCUGACAAGUUGGUACAAAUUAUUUGUAUUAAUCUACUAAGACUAGAGUGUCAUUUACAAAUUUCCCACGCCUCAUGAAUGCUCUCUGCAUUAAGCCUGACCAUGUUGCUCCCUAUUCUCCAGUAUGAAAGCACAAUAUUAAAACAAAGUCGUCCCUCUAUUUGCGUGUGUUAAGGGUUGCUUUCUUUUCUCUCCCUUGUGAACUCCAUUCCCACCCCUCUCCUAUCCUUUCUCUGUACCCCUGUAGCUUCCUGGAUACCUAAACCCAAUACCUCUAAGACAAAUGAAACACACUCUGAUAACCGAUCUUUAUAGCAAGAUUUUUAUUAUUAUUUGUAUUGUAAUAAAAAGGGCAUAUUGCACAUCACAAUCUGAAUGUGACAUAAAUCUGUAUCUGUGAUUAAACGAUGGAAUCCGAAAGUAAAGCAUGCAAAUGCCACCCACACAACGUAUAAAUGUGGAUAGUUUCUAAAAGAUUCUAUUACAAAUGUGUGUUUGAUUUAGUGAUUCCUACAGAUCUGAAAAAAGGUGUUCCAACAAAUCUAUCCCAUAUGAACUAUAGUCUAGUCCAGAGAGCCAUAAAUGUACCCUGCCUAGGGAAAACCAGUCAUUCCCUGGAGAAUGUCCUCUUCAUUCUGCUCAAUCAGUCUUGAUGGGUAGAAGAUUGAGCAUUCCUCCAGUAGAAAUGAAAAAACAGAAAUUAUUGCAUUUUAAUAUGACGUGUAUGAUAGUUUGUUUGUAUGACUUAAGUAAGAGAACCGUAUGAUUAAGUAAUAUUGCUAAAUAUGUGCUUUUCUUUUUUUUCCUUUUUAUAAUUAAUUGUAAUAUACACUGAUAAAACUUUAUAUACUGUAUUGUGUGUGGAUUUCCUCCAGGCCUAUACUUAUACAUUAUAUAUUUCACCUUGUGAUAAUUGCGCAUCAUGUAACCUUAAAAGCUAAACCAUGUCUGCACAUUAUAUAGAUGCUUGCAUGCUUUUUAAAAGGUCAAAAAUGAUUUUUUUGUGAGUAAAAAUAUAAAAAGUUUAUGACACAGUGAAGCAUUUCUUGCCCCUUCUAAUUAGAUCUUGUCUGUGUGUUCUGAUAUAGUAGAAUAAAUAGCAUUGACCUUGUGGUGUUCUUUAAAAUGUCAUGGCAUGCCUAUUUUGGAUUUGUACAUCCAAGGAAAGAUGACUCUUCUAAACUCAGCAACACAAAUUUAUUGGAACAGUGUUACAAUAAAGUUUGGACCCACAGAAGGAUCUUUGUCAAGCUUGCCAAUAAAUUUGCCUUGCUGAACUAAGGAGUUCCCGGACCUUUUCUUCUUUCCUUGGACCACCUGUCGGGUUUGCAAUAGCCCCUUGUCUGGUUGCACUCAGAUCAAUUGAUUGAGUGCAGUUCAUUUAAAUCUGGUUGGUACAUGUUUUGGAUCUGUAGUGAUAUUUUAGUUAUCACUGUGGACUAUGUGUUAUUGUAUUUUGUUCUCCCUUUUUGAUAUUAAAGUUCUUAAAGGUUUUAGAUUUCAAUUGGUUCAUAUCGAACAUUCCUUUUCCCAUCCGUUAUUAACUUAAAUGUACUUUUACAUAGGUAUCAUUCCUCACAGGUCUUACAAAUCUGGAGCAGUUAUCAAUCAUGAACAAUCCCUGUGUGAUGGCCACACCAUCUAUUCCUGGUUUUGACUACAGGCCUUACAUUGUGAGCUGGUGCUUGAAUCUCAAGGUUUUAGAUGGAUAUGUAGUCUCCCAAAAAGAAAAGUAAGUGUUUACUGACAGUCAAAUUUAAAUUGAAUUGUUAAUAAAUGUUUCCAGGACCUUGUGAUGCAUUGUUUUUUAAUAAUAUGCAGUGAACCUUUUUAUGUAUCCUUUUUUUUUCACAUACAUUUUACACAUUGUUUAAAGAAAAGGUUGACAUGGUAAACUAUACAUUCUUUCAGACAUGUAAUGGAACUUGUUUGCCUUCUUUGCUGUCUACACAUAUUUAACUAGACCAACCAGUUGAGCUGCAUCUCUACCAGCACAUACAAAUGUUAGUGCAAACAUGUUCCUCUCAUUGUUGUCAUUGACAUUUUAAUGUGGCACCACAAUAGAGGACAAACACCACAUACGUGACACUGAGCAGAUUCAAAGUCAGUUUUUGUGCGCCUCCCAGCCAGCUGAUAAGGGCUUGUAACCAGGUUACCUGAGAACAUGACCUUGUUGACAUGCUUGUUACACUCUCUGCUGUGUAAUUAUUUUAUUUUUCCUCUUAAUUCUUUUCUGCUUAUAUCACAAUAUAUAUUCCUUAUGUAUGGACUUUUUAUGACCAUUUUGCAGCAUUGUCCCAUCAGGUUUUGACUUGCUCCUCUGCCACUCCAGCUACAUGUUCUCACCAUCUCCUCAGCCCCAGUAGGGAGAUCUGUCUCCUUUAAGUACAGAGGCAAUGUCCACACAGGCUUUCCACUGUUUCUCACACAAUGGGAAAAAAUGUGAAGUUUCCUAUUGCUGUGUGGGAUUUCAACAUCCUUCAUAGCUGAAUUAAAUUCUGUCAUGUUCCUUUUCCUUCUCCAAAUCCUUGUUGUUUGUGUUUGCUUGUUCCUCAACAUCCUAUAUGUGAUCAUUGUCAACUUGGAUUAAUCUCUGUUUUUGAUCCAGCUUUUUGUGGGUUUCCCUACCUGCCUGCUCCCUGUUGAUCACCAAUCAAACCUCCCACUCACACAGCGUUCUUGUGUCAGUCUUAAAGGGUUACUCCAACCACUAUUCCUACUCUAGGGAUUUGAAAUGGUCAUGGUGGUAGAAAUCUGUAUGUGAAAUAUUGCAAAUACAGAGAUAUCUGUACUUUUGCCAGGGGCUAGUUGCACCUCUGGUACAAGUGGGUGUUGCAAACAGCCCUUUAAAUGCAUCGAGAACACUGUGGCUGAGCAAAUUGCGCUGAGAUGCAGUGUUUGUGGGCUGGCAGAUGCUCAAGGGAGACCAUCAUGGUCCCCUAGCAUGUUUUCAUGCCGAUUGUAAUUGUUGCUGGGCUUUGCCUGCUGCCCAACACUGAUCCAUUUUUUUCAGCAUUACAGGGAUAUGCCUAAUUCUAAAAUGAGCCAGUAGAGGGCAGCAACAUACUCCUCUCUUUGUUACUGGAAAACUAUCUGCCUAUAUUCACAGUGGGUUUCUUUUGUGUCGGGGUUAAGGUUUGAAUCAGGUGUAGAGGUUGUGUUAGUUUUAGGAUUAAGGCCUGUGCAGGGUUAGUGUAAGGGUUAUUGCUGUCUUUGGAUUAUGGAUAGUUUAAGGUUUAAGGCUAUGGCAGUUAAAUAGUUAGUGUUGCAUCGUCUAUCAAUGACAGGAACGAUACAUGAAUCUUUUUUCAUUAUUUUUCUUUAGUUGAACUGGAAGUGUAAAAAUGAUUAGAUGUAAAAAUGCGUUUUUUGUUCUCCCCCCUCACCCCUUACUGCAUUCCCUCCCCCCCACUAAAUGUUGUGUUGGGUAUACAUAUAGAGUAUUUAAAGAGUGGUCUUCUUGUAUGUGUAAAAACAAUGUAUAUUAUGUAUGGGGCAAUUAAAGAUAAACUUUUAAAUUAUGGGUGAGCGAACAUUCUAGGUUUUGGUUUGGUUGAGAACUCCUUCCUUAAGUUGUUAAUAUUUGUAGUGUUUUUUUUUUCUCUUAAUUGAUCUAAUCUUCUUAUGGUUCCAGCCUGAAAGCUGAAUGGCUUUACAGCCAAGGAAAAGGACGAUCAUAUAGGCCUGGCCAACAUGUCCCUCUUGUGCAAUAUUUGGCAUCAGUAUGCCCUUUGACAUCGACACUUGGUCUUCAAACUGAAGAGGAUGCAAAGUUGGAAAAAAUAUUAAAUAAACAAAGGUAAAUAGAUUCAUAACAAAGACUAAAAAGAGAAAUCUUUAAAUGGUGAUCAUGCUGCAUUAUAUAUCGCACCUAUGCCCCUAAAUAUUUCUAGUGAUGAUGAUUAGUGCAGAAAAGAAAGGAGGGACAGUAAUAUAUAUGUAGACAUUUAAAGAUCCUGUAUUUGAUGAAAAUCCCCAAUUGCCAGUAAAUGAGGAAGUAAUCCCUGCCUAGCUUAUCACAUAAACAAUGCUUUAUGGUUCAGUAAAGGGUUUUUGAGAGUUGUAAUCUAAUUGUUCGAUUUUUCUGUACAGCUGUAUUUUUGGAACAAAAAGUGAAACUCCAGAGGUAGGCAGAGGCUGAAAUGACUAGCUUAUAGAGUAAAACCAACAAUAUUUUUUUUAGUUUUAUUAAACUCAAGCUUAUAAAAAAAAAUCCGUGUUCGGGACUGAAACAUUGAUGUUACGUAACUGUAUUGGAAAUAAAAGUUUAAGGGAUAUAAGGAAUCCAGUGAGUGCUCUUCUUCUUGCUUAUGUAUUGUAUCCGGCUGAGGAAGCACCUUGGCGAGGUGUCUGCCUGUCUGUCUGUCAUUUUUGCACAACCUUAAGAGUGCAACCAGGUACUUAUAUACCUAACUGUGUGGGUUCUCUACCCAAGUCAAUAUAUUGUUUUGUUCUUUUAGUAAAAUAAUAUUUAUAUAUAAUCAAACCUUUUAUGAAGGUUUUGUUACAUUUUUCUAGAUUAUCAACUACUAAAGUCACCACAAGAUGUCAUCAUUGUUCCUGUAGUGAAAGCAUUUCUGCAUGUUUCUGGUGACUUAACAAAGAGUUACUCCCAAGAACCAUGGCACUUCAAUGUUUUGUAAUGGUUGCACUUGGAAUCUGUAUGUGCAGUGUUUCAAACGCUGCACAUACAGAUUCCAAGCGCAACCAUUACAAAACAUUGAAGUGCCAUGGUUAAAUUCCUUUGUUGCUUGUACAUCCACCUCCAGCAGUAACAUUAAUCUGCCUGGAUGAAUAUUUGGCAUAAUUGUUGUUGUCUGCUCAGCAUGCAUAGCCCCCUGUACCACUAAAGCCUUCCACUUAGUACAUCCUCCUGGAUAUCGUUUUACCUGCAGUAAGGGGUAAUAGUGUUAUCGGAGGAGGAUCUGGCUGUAGACAGCACAUUGCUUAGGCCUUGAAUCACAGAAAAGUUUAUUCCUAGUUUAUUUUAUUUUUUGUUUUCUCAGGGGAAGGGGAGGGUACAAACAAAGGUUACUCUAAUCAAAAACAGUGUUUUAUUAAAACAGUGUAUAGUGACUCUCAGGUUUUUUACAGUUUAAUAAAACAUUCUUUGAGCCAUGGACUUUUUAAUUACUUUUUUUGUGUACAUGUAUUUGGUAAAAAUAGAUUGGUCAUUAAGCCAUCAGAGUUUACAUGACUGCCACACACUCAUAGUGGUAAUGUUAGUUUUUGGUUUCUUUAUUAGACUACAUCAGAGGCAGCUAUUGCACCAGGUCCUUGUUGAUGGCCACCUAUCAUCUACACCCAAUAAAAGGCCAACAUCAUCUAGUGAGCAAAAAAGUCCAGCUCGGGGAGCCCAGCGCUCCCAUGAAAAUGGUAAGACAACCAGCUACUAUCCAUGUCUCAUGUCAUUUAAAAAAACUUUAAAGCAGAUUUAUAUAUUCUGUUUGCCUCCUUACUUCUCUAUUUUUCUAUCUAGAUCUGCUUUAAUUUGUCUUGACAUGUCUGAGUAAAGACAUAACUAGUGAAUUAAAAUUAGUUUGGUAAUGAUUUUUCAUAAUAACAAAUGUUUAUUCUCAAUAAACUUUAAUCAUUGCAAUUUAAAUAUUUUCGUAAGACCUUAGAUUUUGUGUAGCAUUGGAUUUUUGUAUAGAAUUGGAUAUUUAGUUAAGGUUGUAUUUCAUAAAGAUAGAAUCUUUAAAGAUGGGGACUACUUUGUCUCUGUAUUUCUCCCCCGCUUGUCUUUCUUAGACUCAGGGCGGAAUCUAAGUGUCAAUCCAGACAGCAGUCACCAGUGACAGCUGCAGGGAAUUAACUGUGUGAAUCCACCAUAGACCUCAAGGCUGUACUUUCGUGCAUGUGCAAGAGUACAGCAGUGAUGUCAACUCCUGACGCACAAGCGCCAGGAGCUGAAGAGAAACAAACAGAAGAUGUAAAUCUCACCUUGCCUGCCGUGUGCUUGCACUCACAUUACAUUUCCUGAAAAUUAGGAGGUUGCAUGCGUGUUGUCCAUGUUAACAUAGUAAAAGUACUUGAAUCAGUAAAAUAAUCAUUUGCAUGAGAAAUCCUUAAAAGGGUAGGGGGAGACAAGGCAUGAUUGAUUAAAGGGAACCCAUAGUGCCAGGAAAACAAAAUCAAUUUCCUGGCACUGUAGGGUUAACAGGUCCCCUUUCGCCUCGUGCCCCCCCUCUGGCGGGGUGAAGGGGUUAAAACUCCUUCAGCCACUUACCAGAAUCCAGCGCCGAUGUCCCUCGGCAUUGGGUCAAGCUCCGCCCACGCUCCUCCCAUACCGCCGCCGGGGGAGACCUAAUGUGCAUGCGCGCCAAUGGCCGCGCUCACGCAUUAGACCUCCCCAUAGGAAAGCAUUAUUUAAUGCUAUGGGGAAAAUCUGAUGCUGGAGGUCCUCAUGCAGAGUGCGAGGACCUCCAGCGUCAGAUAACGGACCUAAAGUCUGCUUGGUGCACCCAAUGGCCGUCUGGUAGACAGCCACUGAGUGCAGGCUUAGUGCUGUAAUGUAAACAUAGCAGUUUCUCUGGAACUGCAAUGUUUUACAUUGCAGCACUAAGUGUAAAAGGAACAAAGCACCUAGACCACUUCAAUGAGCUGAAGUGGUCUGGGUGCCUACAGUGUCCCUUUAAUAAGAUGAUAAGGGAAAUUUGUAGCACUUUUAAGAUGCAUUUUAAGUUACUGCUUCCUAGCACUAUAAAGGAAAACGCUGUGCACUUGGUUAAUGUUCUUUCAUUAUCCAGGUAAGCUAAUCAAUAGAUUUCUAUUUGAAUCCCUUUCAGCUUUGUUGAAGGUACCAAAUGACUGUCAAUCUAUGGACAAAUUAAUUGAUUUGUUCGGUCUUUGCUUAACAAAACAACUUACUUAUCCAUAGAUUGACAGACAUUUGUUUUGCUCAAUGUGGCUCAACGGGAUUUGCACACAAGUAAACUAAAUCAAUCCGUAACCCUUCUCCUUACAUUUUUGUUAAUAUGUUAAAUGAAGUAACAAAAUAUGUGAAUAAUUUGAAAAUAUAUAAAUUGUUUUAAGUGCAGUUUUAUACAGUGCUUAUCAUAAGUCAAUAAACUAAAAGUGAAAAUGAAUGCUCUUUUUGAAAGACUUGUUUAAUGAAUCCACAUCAGUCAGGCAACUAUGUUACAAUAAUUUUCGUGUAUUUUAUAAUUUUAGAACCUGUACUACGGAUAAACAAUUGGCUUGGGACAAGUAAUUCUGAAGAGAACUCCUAUGCUGUGAGAAAUGUGUGCUCUGGAAUAAGUCAGUCUGGUGCAUCACAUUACAACAGUCUCUAUUUGGAAGAUAUACAAACAGAUGAGGAUAAAUUAAACUGUAGUCUUCUUUCUUCCGAGUCGACAUUCAUGCCAGUUGCGCACGGUUUGUCCCCUGUAUCGCCCAGUGUAGAAUUGAGAACACUAGGUACGAAUGAAAGUGUAAUAGAGUUUUAUAAAGAGAGUACCGAAAAUUUAAAAACACAAAUACCUGAGAAGACAAAGCUAACAGAGUUUGAAAAUGGAGUGAAAGAGGAUACAUUUUGCUGUGUUUAUCCAGUAAUUCAAAAUGAGAAUGUGACUCCAAACACCACAACCAAGCAACCCGUACCAAGUACAAAUGCAGAGAACACACCGCCUUCAAAUUAUCAAACCGACUCUAAUGGUGUAGUUACAAGCAUAUUCUCUGCACUUGAAAAUGAUGUGGACAGUCUUAACAGUAUGAACAAAGCAGCAACUAAGCUUCAGUCCUGCUGGAGAGGGUUCCACACGAGAAAUAAAAAUCCGGUAGUUAGGGAUUUGCGUUAUGAGAUCAGACUGUGCAGAAUGCAGGACCAUAUUGUCUUCUUAACUGAAGAAGUUAACAGGUUGGUUUGCAUGGGUGCAUCUUGCAUGUAUCGUCUUCCUAUGUUUGUGUGAUGCUUGUUCUUAUAUUUGGAAUGUUAUUUACAAUUUUGUGAAUUUCUGUUGCAAAUUGUGUAUAUAUAAGGGUAUUUUUCUUUAUUAUAUACUCCUGCAUAAAGGAUAGUCUGACUCUUACAUGAGUAUGGAAUUCAGUCUCUAACUCACACAUCUUUGUAUCUUGUUGUACCUGUUUACCAGUAAUACACCUUGGUGGUUUUAAGGGUAAAGAUCUUGAGCAAGAUAUUUGUGAACUACAGCUGCCUCUUUUGGCAUACAUAAAAAAAGGCCCUGACAGUUAUGACUGUUCUUAAACAUAUGCAUUACAGUUACAUUUCAGGAAACUGGUAAUCAAUUCCUAGCAUGUGUCUGAUGAAGCAUCAAAGAAGUAUGCUGGAAAGUAAAAAGAGCAAUGACACCAAGCAAUUGAUUGCAUUAAACCUACACCUUUGCCUCGGACCACCGUGUUUACUUUUGAUACUAUAUUGGAGACUAUAUUAUAUUAGACUUGUGCAAAAGAUAUGUUUCAGAUUGCUUUUAAUCCACUCCCAAACCAAUCUAUUAACCCAGGAUUCUCAUCCUAUUCACUGAAUAAGACUCCACAUGUAAAUCUGGGUAAAUAGAUUAAUUCUGGUAUGCAUUAAAAAGAAUUUGAUUCAGAUGAACCGGCCGAAACAAAUUUUUGCAAAAGUCUGGUAAAUAUUGUACACUAUAUUUUACGUUAAAGGGAAAACUUUUUUGGAGUGUUUGGAAUACAGACCUGGAUACGCUUAGUUUCCCUGUCCCUAGUUGGUAGGACUGCCCUCCCUUCCCGCGCUACUUAACUCUCUGUUUGCUGCAAUGUCAUGGAAGAGCUCCUCCACAAUGAUCCAAUCCAACACUCCUCAUAUAGGAGCUUUCAGGACGGAGUGCAUGGCGAGCGCUAUGCGUGCAUCCAUGCUUUCUCACUUGUGGUGCCUUUCCCACUUUGUGUGGCCCAGCCUUCUUUUAAUUCUGUUUAGUAUUUGGAGGGCUGACUGUAGAACCCCCGCUUGGAGCACUGCUUGCCUGGAGGGGGGGCUGUAUUUGGGAACCCCCUGAGUGCUCCAUGGAUUCAUUAUUUCUAUGGGUGACUUUAGUGGUCCUUUAUUUUAUGGAGCGUUUUACAGGAUGUUCCUUAGACUGUUGUUGAUUUUUUACAUGCCCGAUAGUACAUAGGUGACUUGGUUUCUGGUAUCUUCAUCUGCGGUAAGUGGAAGAAUGAGGUGCAAGAAUAUAGAGUUCUUGGUAAUAAUAUCUCCUCGUAUCACCAGGCAAUCAAAAAGUUUAACUUUGGGGGUAUUUGCAAAACCCAGUGAGCAUAUAUGGAGAAUGCAAUAGGAGUACAUAUACACUCAGGCAUUCCUUUUAUAAUGCAGCACUGGGUGGAAACGCCAGUGUAAGUUAAUUAAAAAAGUGACUACAUAUUUUAAACAUACAUAAUGUUUUUAUCCAGGCUUGUAUGUCACACUAAGAUUGUGUAACUUAGAAAAGGCCAUAUUAUUUUUAGCACAGAUGACACACAUACCCACCUGUUUAUGUAGAUGUGCAAUUGUUAUUCCUCACUGGCUAUUUUUAGCCUAGCCAGGUAAACCGGUUGCUUUGUACUUCAGCUAUCUCUCAAAUUCCUAAAAUGAUAAACUCAUUUUAGAAAGGGCUAAAUAUAGACUAUAAGCAGCUGGAGUUUUUAGUGAGUUGUCAUAAAAUUAUGCAUCUCCAAAUAGAAACCCAUAUCUAUAGUGUUAUAGUGUAUGACUUUGCGAUUCAUUAUCUUAACCCUGGGUUUUGUGACUUGCUGAAUACUCAUAUAAUGUAUUGAUGUUCAUGUAUGUAUGUGUGUAGAGCAUCUAUCUUCAAUCCCUUUUAGCCUUCUCCUCACUCAGACAUAAAACUAUGUGCUGCUCUGCACUCCUGUAAUUGAUUAAUUAGAACACUCCUGCUCCCAUUUGUGUGGGGGGAGAAUCUGACAAUUCUUACUUUAGAAUUCACAUACAGUGCAGCCCGUAAUCAUUUGGACAGUUACACAAGAUUAGUAGACGUUAAAAUGAAACAAUGACUAAGAUUAUAAAUUGCUAGCUGUUUGGGGAAAAUGCCACAGUAUAAAUGAGAAAUGAUGAUGGUUCUCAUGCAGGUUUGACAGCGCAACACAAGGGAAAUUAGUUUACUGAUGUCUAUAGGUCACGGAGUUUGUGCACUCAUUAAAGAUCUCAGCCAAGUACUGUCGACAACCCUUUUUUAAAGAAUUUUAUUUUGUACAAUUACUUUUAAAUUUUUUAUGGAAAUAAAUCUGGGUAUAAAACAGUGUGAUAAAUAUACUGUUUGUGGUUUAUGGGUUUAAAUAACCUCACAUUUCUUUGUCAUUGUCCCAAUGUUCUGGAGUACAGCUCAAAAACAGUAAAGCUGAAGUUACUGUCUGAAUAAUUUGUUUUGUCUCCUACAUAUUAAUUUAGUAGAGUUUGAAGUGGGUUUAAGGCUAUUGUCUGUACACAAUUUAAUUUAUUGACAAAAUUCCUAGUGUGUGUUUACUGUGUUGUAAUUCUACUAUAUUGAAAAAGAGAUGUAACGCUGUUUAAAUGUUUUCUGUUGUAGGCUAAAAAGAGAGAGAGAGAAGGAACGCAUACAAAAGCUUGUUCAGGAGGAAGCUGUGAGAUAUCUAUGGGAGCAGGUAAGUUAGAUUAUGCCAUCUAGUGUGACACUGAGCUUGCAUUCUACAGAGACAUAGGAAUUUGCUUUUUAAAGGGACGCUCCAUGAACCAUAACCAUUACUGUUUAUUGUAGUGAUUAUAGUGCUAAGAACUUUAGGUGCACUCCCUCUGGUUUUUAGCAAAGUAUUUUUAAGCUGGUUUGAUAAAAUCCAGUAGACUCCUUGUCACCCAGUCCUAUCCUCUUUUCAUAGGACAUCCUUGUGAUGGAGCUUUUUACUUGUUCAUUAUUAGUCUUUUUAAAAAAAUUCUAAUCUAAAGGGGUGUGCUUUGAGUGCUAAAAAUUAGUUUUUGUCAGACACAAGCAAACAGCAAAGAAGUAGCACUUCCCAGACCGGGAGGAAGCUUGUCAAUGUAGUUCUUCUCAUCAUUCCUGGAUCUGAACUUGCCCCAUAAACACAUGUCCAGCAAGGAUUUAUCUUGUAUGUGUUAGACUGAUAAUUCCCUGGAUGGUCAUCCCACGUCAUUUAACAUUGUUUUCUCAUUCCUUUUUUUUUUAGGUUCAGUCCAUUCAGCAGUGGCAGAAUACAAUAAAAGUUCAACUUCCUACUAAUUCUCAACUUGAAGUACUUACUGCAAGCAAAUCACUCCCACACAUUCCUGUCGAUUCAUCUAAAGUAUUUGAAGAAAAAUCUUCCUGCAUUUUGAAUCCAGAAAACUUUACCAGAAAAGCCUCACCUGAUAUCCCAGACUCUGGUUUCCAUUCUAUCAUAAGUACGGUAUCUCCAAAUGAACCUACUGUUUCUGAAAAAAGCUCCAAUGAGGAAAGCAAAUCUUCAGAGCCAUCUCUGGAAACGGUGAUACAAUUCAAUAAACAAACUCUAGAUACUCCUGACGAACAGGCUGCAACAGCUGAAGAAGAAAACAAGGACAAUUCUAGCAUUGAACAAGAUAGCAGCCUCUUGCAACAGUAUUUACAGACGGUUGAACAACUGGAGGAGGCAGAUAAUACAAGCUAUAGCGAUGGACCAGAAGAGAGCCGUCCAGGAACCACCAACUGUUCGUUAUCCUCUGAAAUUCUGUCCAGUAGCCUUUCACACAUACAACAUGAUGAUUGUAAGCAGGAAAUACAUACAGUUCAAGUUAACUGUUUUUCAUCUGGGGAAGCACAUAGCAUGCUGAAUCUGCAUGACCCAUGCUCUCAGGUGCCAUCGGUGGACUUGGUCCUUUGAGUUGAAGAAUAUCAGGCUACUGCUUUCCAUUUAUAAUGUGGCAUUUGGAAAUGAUACAGUAUUGGGCUGUAAUUAAAUUAUUUUUACUGUAUACACUCUGCAGCUGAUAUGCACUUUGCCACAGUUAAUGCUGUAAAUGUUCCUAAAUUUUUAUUUCUGUGAAAUGGUAAUACUGGACAGAUGGUUAACACUCUUUUCAGUAGACACUUAGGAAAUAAAGACAACUUUAUUUAUGGUACUUACUAUUUAUAGUGUAGUUACUAUUUAUCAAAAGAUACAUUUUAUACUGAGCAAUAAUAGAGAGAUCAAGUGUUCUGUAAAUAGUGAUGAACAGUCUAAAAUUAAAGGAACAUUCCCAAGCACAAUAACCAGUUAUAGUGCCAGAAGAAGUCAAACGUUUUAAGAAUGUUUUGGCAACUUACCUGAGGCUUCCCAGCGCUACCUUCUCUGCUCUUGGGACACUUUUACACUGAGCAGAGCCCAGUGGUGCAGGGAGGCGCUCAUUUUCUGAGAGUGCUCAGCUGACCCUCUUGGCCAUCGAGCUGGCCCUGCAAGGCAGGGCUUUGGUAAUAAAAGCUCCAUGUAGGAGCUUUCAGCUUCAGAGAAAGCAGCUGAUGAUACCUGGCAGAGCCCUGGUAGGUUCUCAGUUUUUUCUUAAACAGUGGGUUGUAGUGGUUAUAGUACUUGGUAAUAUUUUAGUCCCAGGGGGCUAUACCAAAAGAAGUCCAGUUUGAUUAAGAAUGUUUUGCUGCAAGAUAUUUAUAAAUGGAGGCUUAUUGCACGCACAUUGAGCUGGUGUUUCGCCUUAGUCCAUUCCUUACUUAUCGCACACUAUUCUGCUGUAUCAGUAUUUAUAUGAAAUACUUAUCCACAUUGAUUACACAGUUUUAUUUAUUGCCAAUUACUCUUUCCUGAUAUAUCACUGACAUUUUAUAGAGGAGCUUAAAACAGAAUAAAAUGAAGUUGAUGUUUUGG